AUGGCACCCCCACACUCGCGCCCGCCCGUGGCACCGCAGCUGCUCGAGCUCCCGCUGCAGCUGGGCAUUGUUGGAUUUGCGGUGACGCUUUUGGGCUUGAACGGAUGGGACUAUGCGCGCUGGCAGACACUUCGCGAACGCUCGCGCAUCAACAACUUUGUCGAAUUCCAGGACAACGGCAUGCUCACCGUCGUCCUCGCUGCGCUCAUCAUUUCUGCCAUCGGCUUUGCGUUUGGUAAUUUGGCUGCCUUCCUCGCGUGCUUGCAGUUCCCUAAGCGCCGCGGUGAGCGCACGGGCAAGGGCACCUACGGCUACAUCCUGGUUGGACUGGUGGAGCUGCUGCUGAGCGGUGCAUUCCUCGGUAUCGCGGCCGCGCUCACGGCUUACAGCGUGCAGAAGCAUCCCAGCUUCACCCGCGGCCCGCAGUACUCCGAACCUUUCACCGCGAAUCAGAAGGUGUUCUUGAGGUCCAUCGUACAGAUGUUCAGUAGCGGCCAGAACACCAACCCGGCCACAAGCACCACCCAGAGCCUAGGCGCUCUCGGCCCCUGGGCCAACAUCGACACCAUCGAACAGGCCAACGCCUUCCUGGCUCAGAACAGGUACCUCAACUACACGCACUACCGCGUCACCGUCGCCAUCGCCUGGGUCACGUUGGCAACCACCUUCUUCGUAAUGGUGGUCCACUUUGCCCUGCCGCUCGUGUUGAAGGCCCUGGGCAUGACCAGGCCGCCAAAGGGCCAGCCCAGGUAUCCCGCGAGAGGGCCCGUCGGGUACGGCGAGAAGAGGAACCGUCAGGCUGGUUACAGGAGGGAGGAGUAUCCCGAGAAUUGA